AAAAGGUCCAAAAAUUGCUUUUGGCAACAAAUAAAAUUUUUAGGAGUGACAUUUAAAUGUUUCUUUGAAUCUCUUGUAUGAAAUUUUGUGUACGUAAUUUAUGCUAUGAGAUUUGUGACUAUAAAAGCUUGCUAAAUUUGAAGUGGCUUUUCUUGAGCAAGUCAAUUUGUUAAAUCAACAGAAAUAGUUGUGGCAGAAAAUAGCAAUGAACCAAUGAUAUGGCUCCACGUUUUCCAGAGAAAUUAUACGUAGAUGGAGAAGGUGGUCCCACAAAGCCAUGGAAAUCGUCACUUCAUUACGGUUAAAAUUUGAUCAUCACACACGGUAAGCGUCAUUUCCUGUUCCUCACUCUUCCAAUACACAAACUCAAUCAACACUCAAAUCUGCUUGAGGAGCUCAUCUUUGGAGUAGUGGUGCUCGCUUCAAUCAGCUUCAUCAACAAGUAAGUUACGGCUCCAUUUCUCUUUGAACUCGCCAAAUUUUGCUUAAUUGCUUCAUAGAUGAUAUAUUUAAGUUUGAAAUUGAGGUUAGGGUUUCUACAGUUGCAUUGAAGAAUCGCCUUAGCUAAGCUAAUUAUUUUUGCUCCUACAUUUCGGUUUUUGCUUGAUGAAGUUCUAAUUAUGGAUAUUUUGCGUAUCUUCUCUUUUAGUUCGUGAAACUAUUUUUUACUGGAUGUUUGUGUGUGUCGGUGUGUGUCAUGGAAAGAUAUAUCUCUCAUUUUGAUAAUUCAUAGUUGUUUGAUCAAUGAUAAAUUAGUUCCGGAUGACGAUAACACAGCUUUUCUGAUAAUGAAUAAGAUGACGAAUAAUCUAGAAGCAACUAAAGUUGUCUCUGAAACUAUGUUGGCUAAAUAUGUAAGAGAUAACGAAGGAGAUGUAAUGGAAGAAGAUGUUAGGGGUAACAAUGAAGAUACUGCUGUUAUAGACAAAGAUAACAAAAGAGACUCACUGGGUAAAGAUGAAUAUGAAGGAAAUGACGAAGAAAAGAAUAUAGAAAAAUUGGAAGCAAUUACAAAUCAAAAGACCAAAAAAUCUAUGAAAGGAAUACAGGGAAGAGAGAGUCAAAUGAAAACCCUGAAGGGAAGGGUGAAAUUAAGCAGGUUCUGAAGAAAGUAGCCUCUGAAGGCAAGGUUAAUGAGUACUGUGGAAACUUGGCGCCCAAAGGUGACAAUGAUCAGGAUUCUAAGGGAACAGAAAUGGGAAAUUUGGUCUCCACAUGUGAUGAUCAAAACUCUAAGAAGGUAACCCCUGGAGAUGAAGCUACCUGAGAAAUUGUCUAGUGAACGCAGAGAUAUUCCUGAGCAGGUUGAUAGCAUGGAUAUGAUAUUCAUGUGCAAUUCUGAGACAAAGAAGGGCUGCUAUUGGUACAAGGUUAUGGGACUCCCAGCAAACAAGAGAGAGAUGGUUGAAAAAGUUUAUAAAGAGAUGAAACUCUUUCUAUAUGACGUUGAUUUGAAAUUGAUGUAUGGGAUCUACAAAGCUGCAGAAAAUGGCGGUUUUAGCAUUGAACCCAAGGCAUUUAAGUCUCGAUUCCCAUCCCAGGUGAAGAAUUUGUGUAAGCUUUUCAUUUCUGCUAGCAAAGCGUCGGGUGUACAACUCAAAUCAGAGACCAGUACUAUGGACAAGACAAGUUUAACUAAGGGGCGGCGCAUGGAUAAAAGUAGACAGCCUGAACAUGUUCGACAAACUAAGUGGAUGGAAGAGCCUAGGUACCACUCACAUCCACAUCUGCUGAAAAGGGAUUUAGUGACAACUCCAUUGCUGCCAUUAGCUUGGCCUCAAAAUUCACUACCACUUCCUGCUGGUCAAUCACAUAACAAAACUUGGGAAAACAGUGUUUAUGGAUGUGACACAAUGACACAUAAUCGUGAUACUUCCAGAGAGGGACGACUGGUGGAGCCUCAUGAUUCUUAUAGGCGGGACAAACUGCUAAAUCCUGAUAUUUACAGAGGAGAGGCUCUAGCAGAGCAUUAUGACUAUCCCAGACAGGAUGCAUUAGUAGAGCUUCACGAAUAUCAGCUAGUAAAUGUGGAAGCAGGACUCCAGGAUGUUGUAAACCAUCAUCCCUAUGCUUUAUACUCCGCGAAUUUGUCCUCCCAAGGUCCUGUGUACUCGCCACAUCCCACGUAUAAUCCUCCACCAGGCUUACGACCUGAGUAUCGUCUUGGUAGCCUAGUAAGUGAGUACAGUUCUACCAGCAGCAUGCCCCCUGAGUACCAAUCAUCUCCAAACCCUCUGCCCGCGUUCCAUUAUCAUCAACCCGUAUACUCUCAAGAUCCUGUGUACUCACCACAUCCCACGUAUAAUCCUCCAUCAGGCUUACGACCUGAAUACCAUCUUGGUAGCCUAUUAAGUGAGUACAGUUCUACCAGAGGCAUGCCUCCUGAGUACCAUUCGUCUCCAAACUCUCUGCCCGUGUUCCAUUAUCAUCAACCCGUAUACUCUCAAGAUCCUGUGUACUCACCACAUCCCACGUAUAAUCCUCCAUCAGGCUUACGACCUGAGUAUCGUCUUGGUAGCCUAGUAAGUGAGUACAGUUCUACCAGCAGCAUGCCCCCUGAGUACCAAUCAUCUCCAAACCCUCUGCCCGCGUUCCAUUAUCAUCAACCCGUAUACUCUCAAGAUCCUGUGUACUCACCACAUCCCACGUAUAAUCCUCCAUCAGGCUUACGACCUGAGUAUCGUCUUGGUAGCCUAGUAAGUGAGUACAGUUCUACCAGCAGCAUGCCCCCUGAGUACCAAUCAUCUCCAAACCCUCUGCCCGCGUUCCAUUAUCAUCAACCCGUAUACUCUCAAGAUCCUGUGUACUCACCACAUCCCACGUAUAAUCCUCCAUCAGGCUUACGACCUGAGUAUCGUCUUGGUAGCCUAGUAAGUGAGUACAGUUCUACCAGCAGCAUGCCCCCUGAGUACCAAUCAUCUCCAAACCCUCUGCCCGCGUUCCAUUAUCAUCAACCCGUAUACUCUCAAGAUCCUGUGUACUCACCACAUCCCACGUAUAAUCCUCCAUCAGGCUUACGACCUGAGUAUCGUCUUGGUAGCCUAGUAAGUGAGUACAGUUCUACCAGCAGCAUGCCCCCUGAGUACCAAUCAUCUCCAAACCCUCUGCCCGCGUUCCAUUAUCAUCAACCCGUAUACUCUCAAGAUCCUGUGUACUCACCACAUCCCACGUAUAAUCCUCCAUCAGGCUUACGACCUGAGUAUCGUCUUGGUAGCCUAGUAAGUGAGUACAGUUCUACCAGCAGCAUGCCCCCUGAGUACCAAUCAUCUCCAAACCCUCUGCCCGCGUUCCAUUAUCAUCAACCCGUAUACUCUCAAGAUCCUGUGUACUCACCACAUCCCACGUAUAAUCCUCCAUCAGGCUUACGACCUGAGUAUCGUCUUGGUAGCCUAGUAAGUGAGUACAGUUCUACCAGCAGCAUGCCCCCUGAGUACCAAUCAUCUCCAAACCCUCUGCCCGCGUUCCAUUAUCAUCAACCCGUAUACUCUCAAGAUCCUGUGUACUCACCACAUCCCACGUAUAAUCCUCCAUCAGGCUUACGACCUGAGUAUCGUCUUGGUAGCCUAGUAAGUGAGUACAGUUCUACCAGCAGCAUGCCCCCUGAGUACCAAUCAUCUCCAAACCCUCUGCCCGCGUUCCAUUAUCAUCAACCCGUAUACUCUCAAGAUCCUGUGUACUCACCACAUCCCACGUAUAAUCCUCCAUCAGGCUUACGACCUGAGUAUCGUCUUGGUAGCCUAGUAAGUGAGUACAGUUCUACCAGCAGCAUGCCCCCUGAGUACCAAUCAUCUCCAAACCCUCUGCCCGCGUUCCAUUAUCAUCAACCCGUAUACUCUCAAGAUCCUGUGUACUCACCACAUCCCACGUAUAAUCCUCCAUCAGGCUUACGACCUGAGUAUCGUCUUGGUAGCCUAGUAAGUGAGUACAGUUCUACCAGCAGCAUGCCCCCUGAGUACCAAUCAUCUCCAAACCCUCUGCCCGCGUUCCAUUAUCAUCAACCCGUAUACUCUCAAGAUCCUGUGUACUCACCACAUCCCACGUAUAAUCCUCCAUCAGGCUUACGACCUGAGUAUCGUCUUGGUAGCCUAGUAAGUGAGUACAGUUCUACCAGCAGCAUGCCCCCUGAGUACCAAUCAUCUCCAAACCCUCUGCCCGCGUUCCAUUAUCAUCAACCCGUAUACUCUCAAGAUCCUGUGUACUCACCACAUCCCACGUAUAAUCCUCCAUCAGGCUUACGACCUGAAUACCAUCUUGGUAGCCUAUUAAGUGAGUACAGUUCUACCAGAGGCAUGCCUCCUGAGUACCAUUCGUCUCCAAACUCUCUGCCCGUGUUCCAUUAUCAUCAACCCGUAUACUCCCAAGAUCCUGUGUACUCACCACAUCCCACGUAUAAUCCUCCACCAGGCUUACGACCUGAAUACCGUCUUGGUAGCCUAUUAAGUGAGUACAGUUCUACCAGAGGCAUGCCUCAUGAGUGUUAUUCAUCUCCAAACUCUCUGCCCGCAUUCCAUUAUCAUCAACCCGUAUACUCCCAAGAUUCUGUGUACUCGCCACAUCCCACGUAUAAUCCACCAUUAGGCUUACGACCUGAAUACCGUCUUGGUAGCCUAUUCAGUGAGUACAGUUCUACCAGAGGCAUUCCUCAUGAGUACCAUUAAUCUCCAAACUCUCUGCCCGCGUUCAAUUAUCAUCAACCUGUAUGUUCCUAAGAUCCUGUGUACUCGCCACAUCCCACAUAUAAUCCUCCACCAGGCUAACGACCUGAUACUGUUUGGUAGCCUAUUAUGUGAGUACAGUUCUACCAGUCAUGCUUCCUGAGUACCAUUCAUCUCCAAACUCUCUGCCCCCGUUCCAUUAUCAUCAACUCGUAUACCGAUAUUAGGUUCCGUCAAAGGUAUGGUAACUCUUCCCACUAGAAUUCAGCUUGGAUGUUUGACUAUUUAGUGAUUCAAUCUUUACGUGUUUCUGUAAUACUGAUAGUUUACUAUGUAGUUUGAGCGAAAUUUCAUCAGAUGGUAGCCCUUUGUUUUCCAAAAGUUCUGUUGCCAUCACUUUUGCAGAGUAGACAUCCGUUCAGACAGGUUUAAUCUUGAUCUUUAUGGCUGUCACCAACUUUUACUUUCAGAUUGCACCAUGGAAAAUCUCCUACUUUCAGACUGCAGUUACCAAUAAUGAUCUUUUGACUGGUUUUUAUGUUGUUCUUACAACUUAUCAUCGUCUUACUUAUAACUGAUAUCAAUAUCCAUUAGAGUUUAAUGAUUAAAAAAAGAGCAGUAGGUAGGUCGAUUUGAUAUAAUCCACCUCAUUGAGCAGAUAUGUUGGUUCUGUUCUUUACGGAAUGAGUUUGAUUAAGCUUGUAGGUAGAGGUCCUUAUAGAGACCGUCCUAAUUGGACAGAAUUUUGUCCAUUUCAAAUCUCAAAGGGUUUAAUAACCUAAACUACUCAGCCUUAGUCAUCUUCUUAACUUUUGUGUUGAAUUCUGAUGCAGGAUUCUACAGCUUAUUCUAUAAACCCGUGAAAUUUACAAGGUGGAUCCUUAAUUACAUGAUCGUGACUCGAGCUGAGCUUAGAGUGGAAGUUUACUCACUCAAAAGUAAGUGACCUAAUGGUAGUUUUUUUGUUUGUUUGAAAAUUCAGUAUACACCCUUUGUAGAAGAUUGAUCCUAGUUCGGAAACUUCUGGAAAAGGUAGAUGAACUCAACUCUUAGCAAACUGAAGGUACAUGAACUCAACUGUCUCACCAAAUGAGAGAUCAUUGUUCUAUUUUGAUUGACAUUAUUGCCACAGAUGCUUGAGGAUAUUUCAUAGAUGAAGCUUCAUUUGCUCAGAUCUUUCAGUAGUAUCUUAUACUUUUGACUAGUCUUCCUUUGACAUGGUGAUAACAGACAGUUAAGGCACUGCUAUAAAAAUUGUGGUCUAGGCCUCACAAUACAGAGAAUAAUGAUGACUAAACGAGGUCUAGGCCUCACAAUACAGGGAAUAAUGAUGACUAAACGAGGUCUAAGCCUCAGUUCAUCAGUCUGCAAUCUUAACAAGAUAGGAGUAACAAAAACCCUUAUCACUCUAGCUACUCAUGCACUUAAAAAUUAUUGUAAAUUGUUAAUCAAGAGGUAGUUUGUUUCUCAAAUUGUACAGUAACAUCUAUUAAUUGGUUGGUAGUCUUAUGCCUUAAGAAAACAACCAGAGACAAAUAACUUGAUUUGAUUAUCCAUGUACGAACAGUUCCUAUUUCAACAGAGUAAAUUGCCAUUAUGUCA